GUAAGCCAAGUAAGCCAUUAUCAAAACGCACAAAAACUCACACACUCGACGCUUCUGUCCCUUUUUCUCGAUUUCUCCUUUGAAAAAGGGUUCAAUGUUCAAUUCCGAUUCGAAAAUAAAAAGUUUCUCUUCCUAUUUUCAAGCUCCCAAUUAGGGUUCUGACUUUCUCAAAGGUUUGAGGUGGUUAAUUUUAAGAUACUUUGUGGUGGAAAAAAGUUGAGAGAAAGCUAUGAUACUAUACUUAAGCGUUAGCUAAUAAGAAUGCCGGGCAUUCCUUUAGUGGCUCGUGAAACCUCCUCCUAUUUAAGAAGCACAGAUCAGAUGUGCCGAGAAGAUUCCCGCCUGCAUUUAUCUGCAGAAGAGGAAAUUGCUGCUGAAGAGAGUCUAUCUAUUUAUUGCAAGCCUGUAGAACUCUAUAACAUUCUUCAAAGACGUGCUGUGAGAAAUCCAUCAUUUCUUCAAAGAUGUCUGCGUUACAAAAUUCAGGCAAAACACAAAAUGAGAAUACAAAUGACAGUGUCCGUGUCAGGGAUUGUGAAUGAAGGUGUUCUGACUCAAAGUCUUUUUCCUCUAUACAUCCUGUUGGCAAGACUAGUUUCUGAUGUUGCGGUUGCAGAGUAUUCUGCAGUUUAUCGUUUCCGUCGGGCAUGUAUCUUGACUAGCUUCACUGGCAUUGAGGGCAGCAAUCAAGCUCAAGCUAAUUUUAUUCUCCCUGAGAUUAACAAGCUAGCUAUAGAGGCCAAAUCUGGCUCACUUGCCAUUUUGCUUGUCAGCUUUGCAAAUGGUGGAGGAUGCUGCCUAUGGGGUAGGAUUCCGUUGGAGUCACUAUAUAUGUCAUUGGAGAAAUCCCCAAACUUGAGUUUGGGACAAAGAGCUGAGAUAACAUUGCCCGUCGAGAUGCAUUCUUGCUUAUUGAAGUUGAAUUGUUUGAAUGAGGACAAAUGCAUCUUAAUCCAAAAUUCCAGCAAUUCUUUAUCAAUGAACCAAUCACUGCAGCUGCAGGUCAUCAUUUCUGCUGAGGAGGCUGGGGCAAAGGAAAAAUCUCCCUAUAACUCAUACACAUGCAGUGGCGUUUCUUCUUCAUCGCUGUCUCAUAUUAUUCGGUUGAAGAGAGGGAGUCAUCUUAAUUACAGAUAUACAAGCAACAAGUUACAGAGGACUGAAGUAACUGAAGACUUCUCAUGCCUCUGCUUGGUAAAAUGUGCAAGCUUUAAGGGUCUGGAGUAUCACUUGCCAGCAUCCCAUGAUCUCUUCAACUUGAAUUUUGGGUUGGUAACUGAAGAGUAUCAAGCUGUCAAUGAUGUGUCGGUCAAAACUGAUUGGAGAUCUGAGAUUGUUGCAGAUGGUGUUGAUCCUAAACAACACUUCUUCUUUUGCUCAAAGCAAUUAAGGCGUAGACGACCAAAGAGCCUAGUUGCAAGGCAUGUGAACUGUUUUCUUAGAACCAAAUCGCCAGCAGGAGACUGUGACCGUACACUCCUUCAGAAGCGACAGUUUUUUCACUCACAUAGAGCACAGCCAAUGGCAAUAGAUCAAGUAAUGUCUGACAGAGACAGCGAGGAUGAGGUUGAUGAUGACGUUGCAGAUUUUGAAGAUCGAAGGAUGCUUGAUGAUUUUGUAGAUGUAACCAAAGAUGAGAAGCAAAUAAUGCAUUUGUGGAACUCUUUUGUGAGGAAGCAAAGGGUGUUGGCAGACGGUCACAUUUCAUGGGCAUGUGAAGCAUUUUCAAAAUUACAUGGGCGUGACCUUGUCAAAGCCCCAGCUCUCAUCUGGUGUUGGAGAUUAUUCAUGAUCAAGCUGUGGAACCACGGCCUCCUCGAUGCGCGAACCAUGAAUAAUUGUAAUAUUAUUCUGGAACAAUACCAAAAGCAGGGUUCGGAUCCUGUAAAAGGCUAAAGAGAUGUAAUUUAUGCUUAUUUUUUUGGUAAACAAUGAUGAUGCAAAAAUGUCGCUCACCAGUUACAUCCUAAGUCUUACAUGCCCAUUUCAGCCAACUGUUUCGCUGUAGUUGUGUACAAUCGACUGGUAUAAUUCCAUAUAUUUCUUUGUUUUUUUCAA